UUGUCUUUUUUUUUCGUUCAAUUCGGUAGAUUUAGUUAGUCAAAUCUUUUAUUAAGGAUUUGAAAUAGUUGUAGGGAAACAUAUAAAAAUCUUAAAAUAUGAAAUCAUUCAAUACCUCCUGGGCCGAUGAAGUAGAGGCAGACUAUGCGGAUGGUCUGCCACCAUCCAAUGAGUACAUCGAGGGCGACUACAAGUACGUGACUGAGUACAAGUUUAACGAUGAUGGCAAGAAGAUGAAGGUGGUGCGCACGUUCAAGAUCGAGAAACAGGUUGUUCCAAAGGCUGUAGCUCGUCGUCGCAGUUGGGUGAAGUUCGGAGAUUCCCAAAUGGACAAGCCCGGUCCCAAUUCCCAGACAACCAUGGCAUCGGAGGAGAUAUUCAUGCAGUUCAUCGGUUCCAAGGAGUUUGAGCAGACACAUGAAACUCAACUGGACGCCGGCAAGAACAUAGCCAAGUGUCGCAUUUGCAAUGGCGAACAUUGGAGUGUCAACUGUCCCUACAAAGGCACUUCGAUGGACAGUAAGACCCUGAUGGAAAGCAGGGCCAAUGCUGCAGCAGCUGCUGCCAUAAGCGAUCUCGGAAAGACGGGAAAAUAUGUUCCUCCCUUCAUGAAGGAGGGUGGUGGAUCUUCCGGCGGCAAAGGUUGGGGUCGUGAACGGGAUGACUCGUCGGCGGUUCGUAUAUCAAACCUAUCCGAAUCCAUGACUGAACUUGAUCUGGAGGAGCUGGUUAAGAAAAUUGGACCCCACACCAAGCUGUUCUUGGCUCGAGAAAAGAACACGGGACUCUGCAAGGGAUACGCCUAUGUGCGCUUCAAGUUUCGCCAGGAUGCAGCCACUGCCAUUGAAAUUCUUAAUGGCCAUGGCUACGACCACUUGAUCCUGUGCGUCGAAUGGUCCAAGCCUCAGCCGUAAAGGUUAUAUCCAUUUAUAUCCGAUUCUUUCCUUAUUCGAGAACGGAAAUGAGCCAAUGCGGCAAAAGAAAUCAAAAUAAAAUACAUUUUCACGCAGAGAAAAAUACUGUUGUAUUAUUUUUUUAAAUUUUGUGAAACUUUGAGUUAAAGUCAGAAUAGUUUUCGGAAGAUAUGCUUAAUCUCUUGUUCAUUUGGGAUUUUUUCAAGAACGAAAUGGUCUUGGCCUUCCAGUGUUUAUCCGCUUUUCUGAGUGCAUAAACAAAAGAGAAAGCUGGCCUCGAGCAAACUAAAGCCGUUAAUGCUCCGUUUUAAAUGCGAUUUUUUCGCCGUGUUUCGUUCUACAGGCGCACAAAGGUGAAAGCCA